AUGGCAGCGAACGGGGAAUCCUCCACACCUGUGGAAAAAACCAAUCGUCUAUCUACACAAUCCACAACGACAGAGGGCUCCGCGCCCGCUGAACUAUCCACAGUGGUCGACGAGCUGCUAAACGCGCUCUCGAAUAAAUUUGCUGGAGUGUCGAGUGAGAUUUUUGCGAAGAGUAUGUUAUAUUACCUAAUGCUAUUAUGUUCCAUGGGGGUGGAACGAGAUAUGAUAUGGCUGACGCUGGGUGAAUUAGUGGAUGAGAUGUCGCGACGCCUGGAUAACCUAGAGCAGACUUUGCAGACGAAUGCCGAGGAGAGGGAUGGGAAGAGUAGUCCUACGAAGAUGUGA